CCUGUGGGGCUUGUUCUUACCUGCACAGGGAGGGACUGCUCAUAGACUGGAGCUGGACUGGGCUGCUCUGGGCCAGUCACUUCUUCUGCCUCCUCCGGACUGAGCGCAGCUCUUCAUCCCCCUAAACUCAUCCCAGGCUGCCAUCGUCUGAUCCGAAGAUGCAGGACGUCUGUCUUACUUUGUUCCUGAUGCUGGCAUCCACGCCUCUUCUCCACGCCAGCGGGGGAGCACCACAAGAGAGCGACCCUUUUGUAUAUGAUUACAAGACUCUGCAGAUCGCUGGACUCAGUGUUGCCGCGGUGCUGUGCGUAAUGGGGAUCAUCAUUUUAAUAAGUGGAAAAUGCAGAUGUAAAUUUAAUCAGAAGAAGGACACCAGGAGCAGGCCCAACGGACAGCAGCUGAUUACUCCAGGAAGCGCCAGUCACUGCUGAACCCCCCGCCCCGUCGUCCAAACUGAGGACACAAACAAUCCCAAGCUGUAACGUCUCGUUUGCCUCCUGCCGCCGCCUGUGACCUUUUUUGUUAUAUAAACUUUUUUCUUUAAUAUUUUUGGCUGCUAAUCCAAUAAAGGUUUUGUUUUCUCACA